AUGGCGUGGCCCAGGUACCGUGUCCUGCGUGUGCAGGAGCUGGGCCAGUACAACCUGGAGAUCCUGUCAGCUGAUCUGUCCGAUGACUCUCUGUACGAGUGCCAGGCCCCUGAUGCCGCCCUGAGGUCCAGGAGGGCCAAGCUCACCGUCCUCAUCCCCCCAGACGACCCGGUGAUCGAUGGGGGUCCGGAGGUGCUGCUGAAUGCGGGGGAGUCCUACAACCUGAGCUGCGUGUCUCGAGGGGCCAAACCGCCUUCUAUGAUCGAGUGGCUUAAAGACGGUCUGCCUGUGGAGGGGGCCGCCAGCACCACU